AUGGAAACCCCCGCACAACCACCGAGAAGGUCUGCAAAUUCUUCGUCGAGGCUGUGGAGAACCAGAAAUACGGUUGGUUCUGGACCUGUCCGAACGGUGGAAACAAGUGCAUGUACAAGCACAGCUUGCCACCUGGAUUCGUUCUGA